AUGAAACCGGACUCUGAUAGUCCAAAAAUGAGCGCAGAUCCGCCAGCCCAAACAAAUGCAUCCACAACUAGAGAGCCAGACCCAGACACGAUCAAAAUGUUUGUGGGACAGGUACCACGAUCGUGGGGUGAAAAAGAAUGUCGUGAGCUGUUCGAACAGUUCGGAUCAGUUUAUCAGUUGAACGUUUUACGUGAUAAAACCACACAAGUGAGUCGAGGUCGGUUAUUUUACAACUAA